GCUCGCCCGCUUCGCCAUGUCUCUGCUGCUGGAGGCCGUGGGCUUCCUCCUGGGCACCGUCGGCUGGGCCCUGCUGGCCGUCACCCUCUUCAACAGCUACUGGAGGGUCUCCACCGUCUCGGGCAACGUCAUCACCACCUCCACCCUCUUCGAGAACCUCUGGCAGAGCUGCGCCACCGACUCCACCGGCGUCUACAACUGCUGGGAGUUCCAGUCCUUGCUGGAGUUGCCAGCCUACCUGCAGGCCUCGCGAGCCCUCAUGAUCACGGCGUUGGUGCUGGGCUUCUUUGGGAUCCUCUGCGCCAUGAUGGGGAUGAAGUGCACCCGAUUCGCUGAGGAGAACCCCAACGUGAAGGCCAAGAUAGCCGCCAUUGGAGGCUGCAUGUUCGUCUUGGCCGGUCUCGGUGGGAUGGUGACGAUCUCCUGGUAUGCCUUCAACAUCACCCGCGACUUCUUCAACCCACUCUUUGCUGGCACAAAAUAUGAAAUUGGACCUGCCCUCUACCUGGGCUGGAGCGCAUCACUGCUGGCGAUCAUCGGAGGUGGUUUCCUGUUCAGCUCCUGUCGGGUUCACUCUUCACAAGAGAAAAAUUAUGGCUAUCCGUACAAGGGCACAAAGAGUGCAAUGUCAGCCACAAAUGUGACGCCGGCCCGCCCCCGGGUAGAGUCUAAUGCCAGCAGCGCUGGAAAGUAUGGCAAAAACGCUUAUGUUUAAGACUGUGCAGAGGGGUAAUCCCCAAAGGACAUCUUGAGGUACUUUUCUGGUUGCCCAGAACCCGAAAGGGUGAGGGCAACUCACAAGAGGAACUUCUCUCAGCCUUCCCUCGGGAGGUUUCCCAAAUGCGACGCUAAGAACUGGACGGAAUCCACGGAAGCCGCAUUUCUGCGCAGAGUGUGGCCCUGGAAGAUGCUGCAUCGAACCAGAUUAUUUAUUGAGCGGUCUCUCUGCUCUCGCCUGCGUGGACUUUCAGAUGUCUUCGGGCCAUCUGGUCACGCCAAGAGAAGAGGGGCCAAGGCUCAGGCCGGCCUUCUGAGCGAGAAGCCAUUUGCCCGAAUUCCAGAGGUUUGCUGAGACUUUACAGAGCCCGGAUUCAUCUGACUGGAAGGGCUGGUCAACUUUUGGAAGGCUUGUAUCUGGCGAAAGGAAGGCCCCGCCCGGGGGCAGAGCCCAGUUCGAGUCCCACCUAUCCAGGAGCAGGACUUACGGGGUCAAAGGUGGUGGGGCCCAGCGGGGUCACAGGGUGGAGCGAAUGUAUCAAAGUUCAGAGACUUGCAGAAAAUACUAAUUCAUCUAAGGUG